UGUGUGCCAUACGAUGUAUGUAUAUAAGCGUUAGCAUUAAACGGAGGGUUGAAGCGAUCGGUUGCGCGCGCAUCCGGUACUCUCUCUCUCUCUCUCUCUCUCUUUUUUUUUACCUGCGUGAACAGUGGCCCCGAGCAAACGAAACUCGCAGGAGUCGCUCGGCUAGCUCCGAUCGCUACGGAUUAUAUACUCACGAUCCCGAAUCCUCGGACUAUAUAAUACACCUAUUUACUCUAUUUUACCUCGUUCUUCGAGCUUCCUGUGACUCGUCGAGCCCGUAUUUCAUAGUGAUCUGCGAUGGAGAUCGGUAAUCGCUGUGUCAGUGAUCAGAAAUCGGUUGAGUUUUUUUAGUGCGAUUCGCGAUUGCAAAAAAUAGUGCGCUUACGCGGAGUCCAAGGCAGAUAGGAUCGAUAACUUCGAAGUCAGGCAAAUGCUCGGAACCGUCGGAGACUCUACUAGACGCUGCGACUGAAUUUUUCCUCCUAGUCCUUAAAACUAUCACCAAAAAAAAAAAAAAAAAAAAAAAAUGAUCGGUCCAUCCUCGAGCUCGGAGCCAACCGACGAGUCUCAUCACCUCCAGCUCUACAACCACCAGAAGCGUCGUGCCCUCGAGGAGCUCGACAUCGAGAGCAUCUGCGAUGAGGUUUGCGGACACCAGCACCAGCUGAUGAUGAACCAGCAAUUGGUGCACAAGAAGCCCAGGCUGGAUCUACAACAGAUCGGCGAUCUGCUCGAUCACGAUGUGCAUCAGGCGAUCUACGCGUCCGGUUUUUUCGACGGCCAGCAGCAGCAGCAACAGCAACAGCAACAGCAACAGCAACAGCAGCAGCAGCAGCAGCAGAUCGUUCAGCCGCAGCAGGAGACACCGGUUACGAGGCUCGAAGUUCUCGUCGUCGAUGGUAACUGGGACGAUGCGCUCGAGAGCUUUGAGGCUGCAGUGGCAGGGGCGACUACGACGACGAGCUUCACGGAACUCGGUCUAGUCCAGCAGCAACAGCAACACGAGUUACACAAUAUCCAGGCCGUCGACUUUCAAGACCCUUACUGGAACCCCCACCAGCCAACGCAGCAGCUAAAUCAGCAGCAACAGCAACAGCAGCAACAGCAACAGCAGCAACAGCAACACACGGCGAUGCCGAAGGUGCAGCAUCAUCAGAGUAGCGAGACUGGAAGAUCACGAGGUGGAGGAGCUUUCGGAGCUUUGCCGGCGACGGGACAGAAUUACGAGGAUCAGGAGAACGGGAAUCUGUCGUGGCUGCUCGAUUUCAAGCUCGAUUCGUUCAUCGAAGCGCCCGAGGAUAGGAGCGUUCCGCCCAAGGAUCUUCAGGGCAACGUCAAAAACAAAUUCACCAACAACAAUAGAACAUCGAACACUUACGAAGCAGCAAAGCGAUCGUCGAGUAACUACGAGGCUUCCGGAGCGACGAGGCAUAAUAACGAGAACGUUUAUUCCACGUCGAGCAACAAUUCCUACAACUACGGACUGACGGAGAAUCGAAAUCGCUGCCAGGGCCCGAAGAAGCCGCCGUUCACCUAUACCGAGCUAAUCGAACACGCGCUUCAGGAACGCGGCGAACUCACCGUUUCCGCAAUUUACCAGUGGAUCUCAGAACACUUUCCCUACUACAAGAGCAACGACGAUCGAUGGAAGAACUCGGUGCGGCACAACCUGUCCAUAAACCCUCACUUUCGCAAAGGCUCGAAGGCGCCACACGGAGCUGGACACUUGUGGGCUAUUGCCAGUCAGGACGAGUCGAAAACGCCGCGUCAGCUAUUCAAUAUAGCUUCGAUCAGGCAGGCGCUCAAGAAUGAGGAGGCAAAUAACGCGAUGCCAAAGCCCGACUCGCGUGUGGUAACAAUAGACGAAGUCGCGGCCGCGACGGCCAGUAUCGCUCAGCCGGUCGAGGAAGACAACGCCGGCGAUGCGAUAUCGCUGGAGCACUGCGCCGAGCAGAUUCUCAGCGGAAUAAAACGAGAGGUGGAAGUGCAAUAUCUAGUACCGAUGAUGGUCUCCAAUAACGGAGAGAUCGUUCACAAUCAACAGUGCCAGACGAACGGACAGCCGGACUCGCUUUGUCCUGUCAAAGAAACUGACUUCCUGAACCCAGUCUCGAAAGAAGUGGUAGCCGAGGAAUGCGGCCUGAUCGGCGAGGGCUACCUCGUGACGGACCUAAAUCCUUCGUCCUUAGGCUUGAACAUGGCCGAGUCGGAAGUCGUGACGACGGACAAUCUCUUCGGCGAGGAAUUGAGCUUCCAGUUUUACGAGUUCGCCUCGGCCUCUCAACUUCAAUCUGCCUGACCCUCACCGAGCGGCAAGAUCCGCCUCAUCCUCAUCGACGAGUCGAAGCUCUCCGAGGACAGGGACCAACUAUCCAAGUACAUAGUAUCCGACAGUUUUGAGCCUCUGCUGCUGAAGUACGAUGAGCGUCGUUGAAUGGGGAUGAGGUUUACUUUUUCUUGAGACACAUUUGACGACGAUUGAGAGGCGAGUCGAUGAUAUGCGAAAAUACAGUGCCUGAAUUGUGUGCAAGCGGAAUACGCGUUAUUUAUUACCAAAAUGUAACUGUAACACUUAAUUAUCCUAGUCCUCGUAGAAGCGUGUGUAAUGUUUUGUUUUUUGUAUUAGCUGGAGAAAUAUUAAAAAUAUAAUAUUUACAAUUUCAUAGAUGCUUUUAUAAGUUGUUCUUUCAAGUCUUACGUCUCGUCGGGUGAACCUUUCGUUUUAGCGCGAUGUAAUAGUUCUUAUAAAUGUAGCAUGAAGUAUGAAGGCUUCGACGAUAAUGUUUUCUUCCUUUUCUUAGGAGUAAUUGAAUUAGACAUAUGAUGCGUUUUCCUUGACAAUUAAUUCAUAGGAUGUAAAACUUUGUCGAUUUUGUAACAUAAAAAAACAAUAAAAGAAAUUAGUCAUA